AUGCAAGAACAGAUGAGACUCGGCGAUGUGAAAGCUUUGAGCAAGCAGUUCCGCGCGGUAUCUGUUGUGAGGACGCGGCUGACACUGAGGGACGUUUCCCUGUACGUGCAGAAGGACACGCAAGACCUGCCGUUGCCCGAGACGGCCGAGUGCUUGGCUGCCAAUGCUCUGCUGCGCAUCUGCGGACUGCGGUUCGACCUCUGCGAGAAGCACAACACCGAGUACAUGUCUCCCUCUGGUCGGGCGCCCUUCGUCAAGUGUGGAUCAGACAUUGUUUCUGAAAUGGAGCCGAUAGCGCGCUACCUGUGUGGGCGUGGCGUGGCGGCUUGCUCGCGCCUCGACAGCGCGGAAGGGCCGCGGCUGCGCGCGCUCUGCUCGCUGCUGCAGUCGUCGCUGUCGGCCGCGGAGCUGCGCGUCUGCUGGCUGCACGACGCCACGCGGCGCUCCCUCACCGACCCGCGCGUCUCCAGCGGCUACCCGUGGCCUCUCUGCCGGUUCGUCGCCUUCCAGAAGAGGCGGCGCGCGAUACACUGGCUCAGGGCGGUUGACGGCGCCAAGUUUUCGCUGGAGCAGCUAUACGAUCAGGUAACGGCACCUUAA